AUGGGGCACAAAGAAAAAUCACGAAAAGAUAAGAGAUUGCAAGAGAUCUCCCUUUUGAGAACCAUUCCUUAUUCUGAUCACCAGAGGUGGUGGUCUAAGGAAACAAUUGCGGUGGUUACCGGUGGAAAUAGAGGAAUUGGGUUUGAGAUUUCAAGACAACUUGCGGAUCACGGAGUCACCGUUAUACUAACAUCAAGAGAUGCUAAUGUUGGUGUUGAAUCACUUAAGGUCUUGCAAGAAGGUGGCUUGGAUGUGGAUUGUCAUCAACUUGAUAUAUUAGAUUCUUCAUCUGUUAAUGAAUUUGGUGAAUGGUUGAAGGAAAAAUAUGGUGGUCUAGAUAUUCUGGUAAAUAAUGCUGGUGUUAAUUCCAAUAUGGGAUCUGAAAAUGCGGCUGAAAAUGCUCGAAAGUGUAUUGAAACAAAUUAUUAUGGGACUAAGAGAAUGAUUGAAGCUAUGAUUCCAUUGAUGAAGUCAUCUGCUGCUGGUGCUCGUAUUGUAAAUGUGAGUUCACGGUUGGCUCGAAUAAACGGCAAACGAAACAGAAUAGAAAACGAGGAAUUGAGGGAGAAACUAUGUGACGAGGAAUCCCUUUCAGAGGAAAUGAUUGAUGAAACUAUAAAUUCUUUUUUACAACAAGUAGAAGAUGGAAGUUGGAAAACAGGAGGGUGGCCUCAAACAUAUACUGACUACUCAGUAUCAAAACUUGCAGUUAAUACCUACACAAGGUAUAUGGCAAGGAAGCUUUCUGAAAGACCAGAAGGUGAAAAGAUUUAUAUUAAUUGUUAUUGUCCAGGUUGGGUGAAAACUGCAUUAACAGGUUAUGCAGGAAGUGUUACUGUUGAACAAGGGGCUGAUACUGGAGUUUGGAUUGCCCUUGUUCCUGAUCAAGCGAUUACCGGAAAGUUUUUUGCAGAAAGAAGAGAGAUUCAUUUUUAA